AUGAUGGAGGAUGCAUGCUACAUUUCUGUAACGGUCCCUAACUCAUGCAUCAAUUCCCUGCUUGACAGCAGCACCAUUUCAAAGUCAGGAUGUGUAUCUCAGGUCUUCCUAGUGGUUUUCUUUGUGUAUGUGGAGCUUCUGUUUCUCACCAUCAUGGCCUGUGACCGCUAUGUCGCCAUCUGCCGGCCCCUCCACUACCCUGUGAUCAUGAACUCUCGAAUCUGCAUCCGAACAACACUGGCCUCUCUGCUCAGUGGUCUUGUCUAUGCAGGCGUGCACACGGGCAACACAUUCCGGCUGCCCUUCUGUCAGUCCAAUGUUAUUCACCAGUUCUUCUGUGACAUCCCCUCUCUACUGAAGCUCUCUUGCUCUGACACCUUCAGCAAUGAGAUUGUGAUUGUUGCCUCUGGUCUUGGAAUUGGUGGAGGCUGUUUCAUUUUCAUUAUCUGGUCUUAUGUUCACAUCUUUUCUACUGUGCUCAAGUUUCCAAGUAGAGCUGACAGAACGAAGGCCUUUUCCACCUGUGUCCCCCACAUCCUCGUGGUGUCAAUCUUCCUCAGCUCAGCCUUUUAUGUGUACCUGAG